AUGCCCCGCGUCUCAAAGCACCGCCGCUCCAACGGCGCCGCGACUCCUCAGAAGAAUUCACCCCUAAAGUUGGAAGCGACGCUAAUCAUUUCUGUUAGAAUCCCGCUGAACGACGAUGUCGAGGAGAAAGCAGCCCGUAUGGGGGCUCGGCAGGCUCUACAUGACCGUCAGAUGGAUCAAAUCAAAGCCGCAGUCAAAACGCCUAUGCCGCCGCGCAGGUAUACCAUACAUGAUCGAUCGAGCAUGAGCCCUUCCACGCCCCAAGGUUCUGGUCAUCGGCAUCGGGAUAGUGAUGCUCAUGGGCGGCGGGGGGUUACCCCAAUGAAGCGCGUACCAAUCCUAGCGAACUUCGAAGAGUGGAUGAAAAUGGCUACCGAUAACAAAAUUAACGCUACAAACUCAUGGAAUUUCGCCUUGAUCGAUUAUUUCCACGACAUGUCGCUUUUGAAGGAAGGAGACAGUGUGAACUUCCAAAAAGCUAGCUGCACAUUGGAUGGAUGUGUGAAGAUCUACACAAGCAGAGUUGAUAGCGUGGCCACGGAAACAGGGAAACUCCUGAGCGGUUUGGCAGAUAGCAGGGACAAGAAAGCACGCGAGGCGGAGGCUGAAGGCGAGGGCGCUGAAGACGAUGAGGAGGACGGCGAAGAGGGUACUAGCAAGAGGUCACGCAGAAAGCGCACGCACGAGGCUACACUCGCUCCUUCAUUUUCUUCGCUCCAGUUGAAGAAAUUCGAGCUCGAAUUCUCAGUUGAUCCGCUGUUCAAAAAAGCUUCCGCAGACUUUGACGAGGGUGGUGCCAAAGGACUACUCUUAAACCAUUUAUCGAUCGAUGGACAUGGCCGUAUUGUAUUCGACAGUAGCGAUGACGCCGUGGAAACUGCUCAAGAUAGGGAUGACACAAGAGCACAGUCAGAGUCCCUCGAAGACCCGGAAUCGACAUCGCAACCUCCACCUACCGAACCACCUCGCGACGAUUCAUUCGAAGGAGGUGUAGAGAUAGACAUCGCUCCAUUGGCUAGCAAGUUCUUCCCAGAUCUUGACAGACUUGACGCCCAAGAUAUUUGCCCUUCUUUAAAGAAUUUCGACCUUGGUGAUCCUAGUGGCUCAUUGGAUAUCCCUCUUCUGAAGGCUCCUGAAGACUGGCGGCAGGAUAAAGGCGAUGACGACGGGCAUCCAUCCAAUGACGCAUCAGGAAUCAUGCUUGAUGAUGAUAAUGCUGUCGGGUUUGAUGACGAUGGCAGCUUGGCUGGCUUUGAUCUCAGUGAUGAUGCUGGGUUCGGCGGUGGAGGGGAGGCUUGGGCUCGGGAGGCCGCCUUGGAGCCUAUGCUUAAGGUGCACCGUGUGGACUUGGAAGGUGAAGAAGUUCAGGAUGGCGGAAGCCUCGACAAUGACGAUGCCUAUGCUAUAUCGCUCAACCACCAACCAAGCAGCCGGGACCAUGAGAACAUUCUUAGUUAUUUUGAUAACGCAUUGCAGAAAAACUGGGCUGGCCCUGAGCAUUGGAAGAUUCGACGAAUAAAGGAAAAUGCUGCUACAACUGCCGCCAGCACGGCGCCAAAGCAGCGAAAGGAAAAGGAGCCAUUCGAAAUUGAUUUUUCUGCGCCGCUCGAUCCCACUGUGGCCGAAUUGAUCUAUUUACCAGCAAGCUCUAACUCCGCAAUAUCCCUUCCCAAAUCGCAGUGGAAAACAAAAGGCCGAAACUUGCUUCCGGAUGAUAAACACUUCAACUCGAGGCAGCUGCUUCGACUUUUCCUCAAGCCCAAGGCACGCAUGGGCUCUAGGAAACUAAACGGGCCGCGGAGCUUCACCCAGCGACGCCAGGAACAGACGUCAGGGAAUGGGGAGAUGGAUGAGGCAUUCUGGGCCAAUCACAAGACUGAGGAUCAGACUGGCGAUGAUGAGGCAGCUCCUGGGGCGUAUGAUGCUAACUUCUUUGCGGACGAUGAUGGCCUUGCUUUCCCCAAUGGCAUUGAUCUUGACGACGACGACAAUCUUCCAUUCGCUGACGCUAGGGAAAUGUUGUCUCCUCCACCCGGCGGCGUUCCAGGUACAGCUGCGGGAGAUGCUGGUGGGGCCACAGGGCUCGCAGCAUUACUGAAUAUGGUGGGUGCAACACCGGGUGGCUCACAAGUCCAAAGUGCCUCUGGAGGCUUUGGGUCACAGUUGGUAACGCAAGGUGGUCGGAGAGCACGACCUGACUAUGUUGCAUACGCCAGAGUGGCCAAGAAAGUUGACGUACGUCGGCUCAAAACAGAGAUGUGGAAAGGAAUGGGUGAGCGGCUUAUAUCCGCUAUGGAUUCCGGCCCCCAACUCAGCGCUGCGACCAGCCCGUCCAAAGAACAGCACGAAACUGAUGAUGAUGGCCCGUCAACACCCACCCCAAUUCAUAAGCGCCCAAGGCUCUCUUCGGACCUGGAACCUGCUAAAGAAGGGCACUUGCGCUUCACUGAAAUAAUGAACUCGCUAAAAUCAGUCUACCCUCCAGAGAUGCUCCGUGAUAUCAGUACAUCAUACGGCUUCAUUUGCCUACUCCAUCUGGCGAAUGAACAAGGGCUCAUCCUCCAAAACGACGAUGAUAGCAGCGGCCUUGGUUUAGGUAAAUUGGAGGAGAUCUUUGUGAGAAAGGAUACAAGCGCUAUUCUUGAUGAAAUGGCCGCGUGAGGCAGGUACACCACGCCGAAGCUACAGAUGUUUUAGCCCUGGCCUUGUGAUGUUUCGGACCACGCUCGGAUUUAGAUUAUUUGCGGGAGUUUGUGGCUGGUGGACUUAACUGAUCUUCUUUAUUGGGUUAUCAUGUCUUCAACUUCAAUAUCCAACGCUGUUGUUCUUCUGU